ACAGGUGAACCCGGGAGGAAAUUGACACAGCACGUGUCUGCAGGUAACUGAAAUAAGUACACAAACAUUUCUCCUUUACUUCCAUACCUCACAAAAUGCAAGGCCAAGUGACAGGUCUCUAUGUGCUGUUGUAUGUUAUUGGCGGAUCCUUACUUUCUGUUAGAUCCGCAUUGUUACCUGGGUCUACACCUUCCUCUCCAAACCCGACUCUAAGGAAAUGUAUGACCAGGGCUGGAUACUACAACAUUACAGACACACCUAUAAGUUUUAACAAUCCUUUCGCUAAGGCUUUACACAAAUGGUGCAGUGUCUAUAAAGACGUGGUGCUAUGUGCUGAAAAAUCGACCAAGACGAACGUCCUAGCAAGUCCCGCUGAUUGGUUCUUCUCAAUGAUUUUUAAUUCCUCGAUAGCCAAUGAAACAUCAAAUAUCAUGUGCCAGAAACUCAACAAAUUUGGAAAGAAAUUGUCUUGCAUGAGGCGAGUUCAAGAAACUCGGGCGUUAAGAUGUGUGGAUGCCUUGACAAGACCUAUAAAAAAAGCAAUGAUGAAGAUCUACAAUGGUAACAUCACCUCUAUGGCGUCUCUUGCACAAAAAGGUUCCUGUCUCAUAUCUGUGGCAACAGCAACAUGCUUUAGAGAGAAAGUCAAUUCCUGUAGAAGCUACCUCAGGGAUUAUAUUGGAGCCUAUAAUCUAAUACUCGGAGGUAAAUGUCUCGCCAUUCUCCGAUCUCAGGACAGAAACCAACGGAAAACUAACGGAACAGUGAUCAAACAGUCGCCGGAACAGGAGUGGAUGUCCACCAUCCAGUCACUGCUAAACGAGAACGACCGAAUCAGUCUAUACCCAGACAUCAAUAGAGACAACAAACACGCAACGGCUGAAAUUAAAUCAAAUCCAGAAAUAACGUCAAAGAAACCUGUGGAACAAACCAUGACUUCUGUUUCAUCUAAACUGUAUAUUCCUCCAACUAGUCUCCAAUCUACCCGGAGUCCCUCGGCUAUGUUGGAGAAAAAUGAAUCUUUGUGGACAUCCUUAAAUGUUUCAGAAAAGGAUACUUCAGUUCGAAAUUCGUCUGAACAGACUCCUAAAAAUGUACAGCAGAACUUUGAAUCAGAGGAUGACAGGGAUACUUAUACAGAGAUUGAUGCUACAACAGGCAAGACCAUUACUGACGAUGAUGAGCUGAUAUCAGACGACAGGUCGGGCGGAGGCAGUGUCGUUUUUCUAAGCUACAAUACUCUAUAUCUUGUUAUAAUGGCAUGUAGAUUGUGUCGUUUUCUGAUAGUAAUAUUUUAG